AGCAAAAGAGAAAAUUAGAUUUUAUUUUUCUUUCAGUUUUUCUAUAAAUAUUUUCUUUUCUUCCCUAUUAAGAAAAAAGUCUCGCUCUGUUUCGGACUUGCUUGCAUAGAUUGUAUCAUUCUCCAUUUUUUUUCUCGCUUCAUCGACUAUAACUUUCUCUCUCGAUCGACUAGGGUUUGAUCUGACCCGUUAGGUUGAUCUCGAUCUCGCAGGCGCAACCGCAACUGUAUUCUGUAUGCCUGUCGUUCAUACCCUUGUUGGGGAUUGGAAGUUUGAAGUUAGCAAAAAGAGAUUAACAGAAGAUGCUAUUGAGAAAAAUCAGGGAUGAGGAAUGGCUUUCUUAUUCAAUAUGCUUUUUGAGAGAAGGAGGAUGAGUGUUCAUGUGUUACACAGCGUGGAAUGACAUAUGUAUGAAUGUCUUUGUAGAAUGAGACAUAUGAGGUGUGAUUUCUUUAUGUUGUUUAUAUACACGGAGGUUUAUGAUCUUAGGCAUUUAUCGUAGUCAACUUGGAUUGUCACAGCCAAGCAAAUUAUACUACCAAUACAGUUGCAUCUUUUUGAGUUAUAAGGUUUAGGAAUGGACGAUGACAGAGAUUUCGAGUUGUUAUUUCACAGUUGGAAUACCAAGAAUCCGACUGAUCGACUUUUUAUUAUCUCUUGUUUUGUUGCUGCUCUUGUUGGAAUUUUGACCAUAGCCUACACGGCCUUUCAAUGGAGGAGAAAUAUCAAUCUAAGUUGGAUGAAAGCCAUAGCCAGGUCUAAGAAAAACCCAAAAGCAAGGCAUAAAAUUCCUGUGGCCCCUCAUACAUGGGUUCUAGAAACUGUAUCUCGUGCCAAGAAUUUAAACUGUUGUGUUUGCUUUAAAUCCAUGUCGCCCUCUCAAGCUCUAGGGCCUAUAGUAGCUUCUGAAAGUUUCAUCCACCGUUGCUGUUUUUGUGGUGCAGUAGCUCAUCUUAGCUGUUCAUCUAGUGCCCACAAGGACUGCAAGUGUGUUUCUAUGAUUGGAUAUGAGCAUGUCAUGCACCAAUGGGCUGUUCGUUGGACAGAUGUAGCUGACCAACCUGAUGAAAGUGCUCUCUGUAGUUACUGUGAAGAGCCAUGUGGUGGGUCGUUCCUCAGUGGUUCCCCUAUAUGGUCUUGCUUGUGGUGCCAGCGUUUAGUACACGUUGAUUGUCAUGGUACAAUGUCUAGUGAAACGGGUGAUAUUUGCGAUCUGGGCCAAUUUAAAAGAUUGAUACUAUCACCAUUGUAUGUAAAAGAAUUGAACUGGAACAUGCCAGGUGGAUUUUUGAGCUCAAUUACUCAUGGGGCAAAUGAGAUAGCAUCUUCAGUUCGGGCAAGUAUUAGGAACCAGAGCAAAAAAUAUAAGCAUGGAAAUGAACCAUCUGUUGAAUCUGGGAAUAGUGAGAGCAUUGGUGAAAUGUCCACAGAAAGCACCGGUAAUUCUCAUCAAAUAGAUAAUGGUCAUCAUGAAGUGGAUGAAAAAAAUAGCACGAAUAAGGAGAUUCGACACCAAGAUAGUGAAGUAGAUAAGAAGAUGGAUAGAAAACCCAGUCUUGGACGCAAUUCAUCAAUCAAUCAGAAGGAUGAGUCCCAUGCAUUAGGAGUAAAGCAGAAAUAUGAUUUGAUUGAUUUGCCUCCAGAUGCAAGACCAUUAUUAGUUUUUAUAAACAAGAAGAGUGGUGCCCAGCGUGGAGACUCACUUAGAAUGCGUCUGAAUAUCCUUUUAAAUCCUGUUCAGGUGUUUGAAUUGAGCUCAACGCAGGGGCCAGAGAUGGGACUUUAUUUGUUUAGAAAGGUGCCUCACUUCAGAAUUCUUGUAUGUGGGGGAGAUGGUACCGUUGGUUGGGUUCUGAAUGCAAUAGACAAGCAAAAUUUUGUUUCCCCUCCCCCUGUUGCUAUUCUUCCUGCUGGUACAGGAAAUGAUCUCGCUAGAGUUCUCUCCUGGGGAGGUGGCUUGGGUCCAGUAGAGAGGCAAGGGGGUCUUAGUACAUUUUUGCAUCACAUAGAACAUGCUGCUGUUACUGUUCUUGAUCGGUGGAAAGUAACAAUUAGUAAUCCACAAGGAAAGCAACAGCUGCAACCAACAAAGUUUAUGAACAAUUAUCUUGGAAUUGGAUGUGAUGCAAAGGUUGCUUUGGACAUUCAUAAUCUGCGGGAAGAGAAUCCUGAUAAGUUUUAUAAUCAGUUUAUGAAUAAAGUUCUAUAUGCAAGAGAAGGUGCUAAAAGUAUUAUGGACAGGACAUUCGCCGAUUUACCUUGGCAGAUUCGAGUGGAGGUGGAUGGAGUUGAAAUUGAGGUCCCUGAGGAUGCAGAAGGUGUACUUGUUGCAAACAUUGGAAGCUACAUGGGAGGUGUAGAUUUGUGGCAAAACGAGGAUGAAAAUUACGAUAAUUUUGAUCAACAAUCCAUGCAUGAUAAGAUACUUGAAGUUGUGAGCAUAUCUGGAACAUGGCACCUCGGGAAGCUUCAGGUUGGGCUUUCUCGAGCUCGAAGACUUGCGCAAGGACAGUCAAUUAAGAUACAAUUGUUUGCAAUGUUUCCUGUACAAAUCGAUGGAGAGCCUUGGUUUCAGAAACCUUGCACAAUUUCCAUAACCCAUCAUAACCAGGCUUUCAUGUUGAAGAGGGUGACUGAGGAACCUCUUGGUCCUGCAUCAGCAAUCAUUGCUGAAGUGCUGGAGAAUGCUGAAACAAAUAAUGUAAUUAAUGCUUCACAAAAGCGAGCUCUUCUUCAUGAAAUGGCACUCAGGCUGUCCUAGAAAUACUCUUCCCACCUUGUGAAUGUGAUUAGUGAUUUUAUAUUUCUUUUGAAAUAUAUUUUGCACACUUGUGUAUUACUUUUCCUUUUUGAAUCUUUUGUCUAAACUACCUGCCACUUCUGAAGCAGCCUUGUGUAUUAUGAAUCUUAUACAUAAAAAGAAAGAAUGAAAUGAGAAAGCUUGUCCGUUGAUUUCCUCAAAUUU